GUCGCCUGGAAAUGAGAAAAGAUGUUUUCAGGUGGACGGAUCGUUUUCCUGCCUCCACCCCAUCAACCUCCUCACAGCUCGGAAACCUGAACCCAGGUGAUGGGAGUUUCCGGGCGCCAGGGGAGCGGCCUUUAUCCCAGCACAACAAAAGACGCAGGUUCCUCUGUGGUUUGUCAGCUCUGCAGACACACACACACCAGGCGUCCUCUCAGAGACGACAGCGGAGUGAAGAUGAAGGAGCUGCUGGUGUUUCUGCUGGUCGGCUGUGGUCUGGCCCAAUGCACCAUCCUGACCAAGUGUCAACUGAAGGAACAACUGGAGGAGGCGAUCGACCACCUGGGAAAUCCAGGUCUGGGAGACAGCCUGGAGAUGCAGGCCAGAAUCGUCUGUUAUGUGGCGCUGACCUCUGGAUUCAACACCAGUGCGGUGAAGGAGAAGAAGGUCGACAGCACAACCUGGACGUUAUACGGGAUCUUCCAGCUCAGCGAUCACCUGAUCUGCAGCGACGGCAAAACUCCAUCUCUCAACAAAUGUAGUAAAAGCUGCACGGACUUGCUCGACAGCGACAUAAGCGAUGACAUCGACUGUUUGUUGGAGACCUUGAUCGACCUCAUUAAACUGGGAUUCCUGGCGCCGCACUGGGAGGAGGUGGGAAUGAUGGCCAAAAUGAUCCUCCUCCACCGGGAGUGCAUAGAAAAGAAACCCAGCGAUUACUUCUCUGAGUGUCGCUCAGCAAACUGAUUCAUCACCAAUACAAAGAAAAACAUGUUUCACUAAUUGCAGCACUUUUUUGUCUAUGAUAAUAUUGGAAUGUAAAGUAUAACAAGUAGAAUAAACAGUGAAUCCUGCUGUUUGUCUGGAAACGUUUGUAAGAAAAUACCGACAGGAGAUUUUAAUAAAUCUUUACUGAGCGAGUGAGGACGAGUGUGCAGGUGUGUGUGUUCUUCCUGCUGCGUGUGUGUAAAACAAAAAUAAAAUCUGCUUCUGAAAUGUCA